UUUUAAUUUUAAUAUUUAAGUAGUUCUAAGUGUACAUAACACUAUCGAAACGAACAAGAGAAAAGUCUGAACGGAAAACAACAAGAAAGCUAAGACAAAUCCAAUCAGUAACCUUAUAAACACAACAAACGAACUACGAAAAGCUACCUAUCGCCCGGGUUGAUGCGGAAGAGCCCGAACUAUUUGUGUGUUAUCUUCGAAUAAUUCAAACGAAACGAACAGUAACCCGCCCGGCCAGGUGAAUCAUUUGAAAAGUGAAUCAUAACGGACAAAUUGGUGCAAAUACCCGCGCGCCAACGAGAAUCGCACGGAUUCAACGAGUUAAAGCUAAUCAUUCGUUCCAGCAUCGAAUGAGCCAUACGAAACAGGCAACAAAAUUAUUACGUUUAUUUUCGACCUCAUGUUUUGCGAACGGAAAUAAAUUAGUGAUAGCGACGAACACAUUUCGAUCCGAUUGUUUUACGUUUUAUAAAGUACUGCUGCGAAAUUCGAACACUCGAGACUCUCUGCGGCAGAAGCGCCGUGAGCAAAUAAAUUUAAAGCAUCUCUUGUGUGCACUGUUAUUUUACUCAACGUCUUCAAAUCCCAAAAUUUCUGCAAAAGAGUGCGAUUACUCGUGUUGUUCUUGUGCGUGCAAAACAUUAAAAAAUUACGCCAUUAGCUAAAAGUGGGCGCAUCAAGAAAAGACAGAAAAAAAACAAACAUAACUAUAGAAUCGCCACUGUGCGUGCGUGCGUGCGAGCGUGAAGUGACCGAAUCCGAAGUGAGAACGAGCACCCGGUGUUGUUGCUCACGGUGGGUGGCACACGGGCCAAGGAAAGUGUUGGAGGUUGGUGUUGUAAAAAUAAUUAAAAUCCACCCCAGGGCCCCAUAUUGUGCCGACGUGCGAACGCAUUUGGAUCCGUCGUUGACCGAUUGUGAAGUGUAAAUAGAUUACUUCAAGCCACACCCUGCCGGAGUGAGAAAUUGGAUCGAUUUACGCCCAACACGACGCUAAACAGCACACACCCCUAGUGCGAGUGGGGAUUCAAAUUCGACCGGAACAGUGCCCUGAAGCAGGAAGUUCCCAGGUGGUAUACACCCAAACGCUAACACCACAGAGGAAAAUAAACGAACGCGCAAAACCGGGUCAAAGGUACCGGCAAUCAUUGUGAAGAAGUGUGCGCAAAGGUAGCCCGAACAUUCGCACAGACGGUUUACAACUGAAGGUAUCCCUGAGGAUACGAAAGGGCGCGGAAGGGUUAGUGUUAAAAUUAAAAUUUAAAUGUUUUGCCUAAGUGAAGAGCACCAGCAUACGCAUCAGCAAGCGCAUCAGCGGCGCCUACGCGCGCAAUCGAAGCAGCAAUAGGACAGAACGGGUACAAUAAUCCGCAGUGAAAAAGCAAUAACGAUGGCGAAUAUUGAAGAGCAUCCCGCAGAAGCGUCCGUUUCGGUGGAGUCGAUCGAACAGAAUGAGCCGCUUUCGGAGAUUGAAGUGACAAAGAACGAAAUGGUAAACCUCAAGGAAACGAAUGUGAGUUUGAAACGCAAGAAAGUGUCCGGGAAAAUAAGCUCCAAUGACCAGGCUGUAGUGGAAUCUUCAGGAGCGAAGGUCGUUGCAACAGUCCAAUCCACACCUUCUUCCGAGGCGCUGGGUAAUCUUUCCAAAGCCAACGGGAAGAGACUAAAGCUGGACGUUAGAAACCACCAGGAGCAACUCGCAUCAACGGGCUUAAAUGCAGAUGAACCGACAACAUCCUUAGGGUUGUUGCACGGCGAGAAAGUGAUCGUUCGAAAUAAGCCACCGAUUCCACCGAAACCGGACGUGCGGACGAUGCAGCCACAAGUGCCACCGGCACAGGGCCAGCAUCGGGCCACGGCGCAAUCGAAGGGCAAAAAGCACCAGGUGACGGAGGCCCAGACCGCGCACACCGUCCAGAAGCUGUUGGCGCAGAACGAACAGAUGCGCCUGGAGCUGAGCGAACUUCGGAGCAGCUUAGCUGCGGAGCGGAACGCCGUCAGAGUGUUACGGGCCCAGAACGAGUCCGACCUGCGAAAGACAAAAUCCGAAUGUAAGAAACUGCAGGAAGCUCUGCAGCACCAGAAGCGUCACGGCGGGGUGCAAUGCCCGAGUACGGGAGCCCCGGGUGGCGUUACGUCGGCCAAGCGGCCCAACCGCGGAUCGACGGAACAGGAUAACCCCCAGACCGGCUGGGGGACGGAGUCACGCGCUCAACACCAGCAACAUCAGCAACAGUGCUGUCUGGAAGUUCUGAAGCUGAAUCAGGAGAUUUCUGCCCUGCGGGAAACGAACAGGUUCUUAGAGGAGAAAUAUCAAAUUUCCUCCGAGGCUGAACGGCGGAAAGCUUCCGAUAUACGCGUACAGCGGGAUCUGCAUGAACUACGAUUGACUCAACUCUCCAAGUCCGCCAGAAACGAAAUCCAGCGAUUGCUGGAGGAGCUGAAAUCGAAGGAUCGCAGCAUAGCGCAGUUGAAGAAGGAGCUCCAAACUGCGCUGGCUGCCCCAGGAGCCGGUACCGGUGGUGGUUGUCGCAAGGAGAGAAAAGCUGCUAAAAAUUCCGCUCAGCAAUCGCACGAGAUGCGAAAGUUGCGUGAGAUAGAGCCAUGUAGCGGAACCAUUAGCAAGAGCGACAGCAAUAACAGCAUCCAAUCCGUCAACGAAGAUUACGAACAGCUGGAAACGAAGGAAUCUCUGGAGCUGACCAUUGUCACGGCGACAACCACGACGACGGCGGUACCGGCGGCGGAACGGGCGUCAAGCAACGACCCCCAAACCAAAACGACGCGGAACAGAGACCCGCACGUAGAAUUAGCGAUAGAAACGACGACGUGCGGCAACGAUGCGGCUCAUCAGUCGGCGCUGCCGCACGAAUUAUGCAAACGAACCCUGGAAACUCACGAAAACGACAGCGAUAGUGCCUGUGGCGUAGUGUUGGAAUCGAAGCCAGAUCUGCCAUACAUAGCCCGAGCUGUGGUGAAUUCCGCCACCAUCGACUGUCAACAGGUGUCGCUUGGAUCCGACUCGGACUCUGCGCUCUCCUCGAUGAGCCCACAACCGAACAGCUUCACCGGCGACUCGCCGGAGGACGACCCGUGGAGUGUCCAGCGAGCGGCGAAAGCUCGAGGUGACGAAGGCACGUUGGCUAGGAUUAAGCUUGAGUUGGAUGAGAUGCAGCAGCGCUACGAUACCCUUAAUCGGGACUACACGCUCGCCAAAGAUCAGAUUGACCAGCUGGAAGAGGAGCUGGUGAAGGCUACGCAAGCAUCGCGCGAGCAGGUCAAAUUGAAUGAACGAAUUGCGUACCUGGUGCAGCGCGAGGAAGGACUGCUUAAGGAAAGCCACGAGCUGCGCGAACAGAACGAACUGCUCGAAUUUCGCAUCAUAGAGCUCGAAGAAAGCCAUGACAAGUGGUCGCUACGCAACAACUCCAGUCCAACGGUGGGUGGUGUGGGCACGACAAAGGACGGUUGGACCGACACCGAGAAGGAGCACGACGAGCUGAUAAUGCUGUCGGAGCGGUCAGAUUCGGGCGUCACAUCACCCAACAGCCACCAUCACCUGGAAGAUCAGCAGAGUGGUGUGCCGUCACCAUGCGAUCUGUCUCUGCUCGAUCAGAUACCAACCGACGACGUGCGUAAGCGUCUCAUCGCCAUGACGAAGCGUUCGUGCUACGACGAAGAGGACAAACUGUGUCUGUUGCAGAUCCUCUCGCUGCUGAACAACCUCGAAGCGCUGUCACAAGAUCACGAGAUCGCUGGUGAUGACAUAGCUCUCGAACCACCGACCACAACGGUGCAGAAGUUCGCUUAUGGGCUACCAGAGAGCACGAGUCCUCCAAAGGCAUUGUUGCAAUCUGCGACAAUGGCCAAUACAGGUAUCACCUACAAGACCGGCUCGGGAAGGAUCGUAGCCACAGUACAACCGUUCCACAGCUCAGACUCACAGACAGUGCCUCCUACGCCUCAACCUAAAGCGCCUUCGAUCGCCUCCAUUGCGGAAACCUUUGGUGGUAUGAAGAAGUCGACGCGCUGGAACAACGCAGCCAGUCUGCAGGAGAGUGGCGUUUUCGUAGACGAGCCAUGUGCGCACGUUGCGACACAAACGGAAACGGAGAACUUCGCUGGGCCGGAGAAGACGAACGCGGAGUUAUGCGCCGAGAUCGAGAAGUUGAAUAGGUUCCGGGAAAAGAUCGAAGAGUGCAAGGGCGUCGCCACUGGCACCAGAUCGUCCGGAAAAGGUUCGAUGGUGGCGUUGAACCUACCACCGGCUACGGGCGAUGAAGCUUGCGAUCGCCGCCGGUUGCAGUUCUAUGUUGAACGUGCGGAACUGCUCGAGAACAAACUGAAGGUGUACGAAAGCAGUGGCGAUCAGCAACUGCGGCUUCUGGCCGAACGGCUGCAACGAGAGAUUCAGCUCGAUUCGUGGGUCAAGCAGCUGUCAGACAAGCUGGCUCGAGUGGAGCUAGAGAACGAGCGACUCGAAGAGGAGCGGUGUGAGCUGGAAGAGAUCGAGAACGACACUCGGUUGCGGUUGCAACGACUCGAAGAGGACCUAGAGGUGAUGGGCCAACGCAACGCUGAGCUCGAGAUGUCGCGUAGCUCGUACCAGACAAAGUAUCAGGACGCGAAGGAGCACGUGGGCGGUCUGGAAGAGCUGAUCCACAAGUACGAGGAGAAGAUCUUCUUGCUGGAGGAGAACGAGAACGAACUGCGCGAGCGGAUCGAAAUUAUCUACAUGUUCAUCCCGCUACUGUUGCUGUACAACAGCUGGCAGCUGUUCGAGUACUACAAGCAACACCUCCAGCAGCAACAUCAGCAGCAGCAACAACAGCAGCAGAGAUCCCACGCCAUCCAGUGUAUCCCGACGGAUCACAUCGAGUACUUCGCCAGUGACGACCUGCAGGGGCGGCUGAGCGAACUGAUGAGUCGCGAAAAGGAACUGACGCAGAACAUUGCCGAGCUGAACCGAGCGUACAACGAGACGCUCGAGAAUGCGGACAACUUGUGGGCGCAGAUGGAGCGCGAAUACAAGGAGAAGAUCGGUCGGUGUGAGCAGGAGGAGGCAACGCUCAAGUCAAAAAUCGCACAGCUCGAGGAACGCCUGAGCAAGGACAGCGAAUACGCGAGUGAACGCAUCGCUCACCUGGAAGAGGCCGAAAGCGGACUUAAGAGCCGUGUGAGUCGACUUUCGAAGGAGAACAAGGAGUUGUCAGCUCGGCACGGUGCGCUUUUAGAGGAGUACGGCACGCUUAAAGAGGACUACGCCCAACUACAGCACUACCUGCGAGGACCGGCUGCUGAAGCUCUGGAACGCGAGAAGAAACGCGUCCUCGGACUGGAGGAUGAGUUGGCACACACCGAGCAGAUGUUGCGAGAUGGCGAAGAAUCUCACCGAGCAGAAGUUGGCACACUACGAGGACGACUGCUUGCCUCGACGAAGGAACUCAACCACAUCGAGGUGACGAACAGUGAGCUGCGUGAAGAGGUGGAAACAUUGGAGGGGCGCAUUCGCGAGUUGAUGUCGCUUCGAGGAGGUGAUGAAGAACGCAUUAAGCAGUUGACCGAAGAACUGGAGGCGAAACAGUCGCACAUAGUGACACUGCAACUCUCGCGGAAGUCGUCGGGCGUGAGUUCAAGCAGUAACAGGUCGUCAGUUGGACGCAGUUUGGCUCAGGAGUUAGAACGACCACUCAAGGGCUCGUAUUCGCGGCACGGUUAUGAGGUUCAUGCACUUGCCCGGAAGUUCCCUGACAGUGAUGGCAGUGGCAGCGAGGAUCGGAACAAGUUCCCCCACACGCGACCGGCGGCAUUUGAAACCAAAGAAGUGAAGAGCCUCGCGGAGACGAUCAUCCUGAAUGCCGAGAGCCGAGGAGUGAAGACGCCAAAGAAAUCAUUCGUUGAAGAGAUGAACUGAUGCGAGCAGCCCAACCAGAAGAGCGUCCCGUGGACGUCCAAGCAAGCCCUGAUCCUCUUCCCGCCGGUACGGACGGAUUGUGGAUUCGGAACCAGUAGCCAAGACCUUCCGCUGCUUUCGGGUCGGCCAUUUUACCACCUCCCAGUGCAAAGGUGGUCCCCAAUAUGUGUCGCCGAGAGAAAAAGCGCCAGGAGGCCAUGAGGAGCAGGAGAGAUGAAAAAUCUAGUCGUUGUUUUUGUUGAAAAUGUGUUUUUGUGGUACUAUAAACAUAAUGUUAAAAUCCAUAUUACGUUAACUGAGAGCAGACGCUGAUCGAUUACCGAUCGCAGUGCGUUACAGGCACUGCCGUUGUGCGGGUUGCAUAGCUUCGGGAGCAUUACGAAUCGCAGAGCAUGCCAUCACCACUUGUCCCGCCCCUACUAGACUUAACUUGACAAACUGGGACUCUGCGAAAUAGACUGAGCAGUAGUUGGUAGAGCGUCAGAUCGGUUAAAUAUCUGUUUUCGUUUCGCAAUCGUUCGAGUUAUUUGAAUAUUCGUCGUUAGCCGCGCUUACGUACAUGUACAGUUUGCUUUUUCACUUUCCUCCUUUAUGAAUUAGGCAUGUUAAGCUUCAUUUUGUUUUGUUUCCCCCGAAUGGAGGCCCUCCAAAGGGUUUUCGUAGUUUUGCAUUAGGUUUAUAUUUUAAUGGUUUAUAUGAUUUGCCCGGUUUCGUUUAUUAUACAUAUUGCGCAACGCAUCAAGAGCGCAGGGAUUUGCUUUUAGUGGGAAUUAUGCGUUUUUUUAUUAUUAUUUUAUUUUGUUGUACAUAAUGCUUGCGUUCGAUUGUGUUCGAUAUUGGCGUUUUUCUGUAGAUCUAAACAUAUUAAUCCCGGAAGCCUGUUGGUAUCGUUGAAAGGAGAAAGUUUUCCGGAUCGCAACCUGCAGCAGGCUGCGAUCUUGAUCUUGUUCUUCUCGAAACAACGGCUACCGAGUGGCUAGUAUUCUCUGUGCUAUUUUGCAAACCGAAGUAUGACACAUUUAUUUAAAUGAUGGGCCAAGUAAGCGAGCGCGAUGAUGCUCCCUUCAACGGUAGCGGAUUUUUUGGGUGCUUUGAUGCACAGUCGGUACCGAGAAAUCAUGUUCUACCGAUGCAGUGCGGAUUUGUGAGCUUCCAGGGUAUUAUUUAAACGUGUUAAAAACAAAAUCGUACACUCAUAUGUAUGCCACACAUUAAUCAAUUGUUCAGGUUUUGUAAAAAUGAACAUGUAGCGAAAGAGAGAGAGAAUGAGAGAGCGUUAUAUGCGCCGGAGCCAGUGUGUGAAAGACCACCUGAUCACAGGUGUAGCGAAGGAGACAUGAAGCAUGAAAAUAAUAAAUCAUCGUAGUGAA